GAGUCCGAAGGCUCCAAUUACUUGCCCAUCACUGUGUGUUUGGUGUCAGUGUUGCCGCAGGCAGUCACCCAGUUUGAGGAGCUGGUCGGGAUGGCCGAAGCGCUGCUCAAGGGGGGAGUGACAGCGUCUGCGUCCGCUCUGCACCCCCACGCGCUUUGGAAAGCAUCGAACAGUUCGUUAGUGGAUUCAUACACAGCGCUGCACAGCAACGCCAGCUCGCCAGGGACUCUGAAUGUGGAGGACGAGGAUCAGGCUGAAAAACAGUUCAAGAUCGAGAAGUGGCAGAUUGCACUGUGCAACAAGAGCAAACCUCAGAAGUUCAUAAACGACUUGAUGCAGGCGCUUUACACGCACGAGUACAUGGCCACGCACAGCCUGACGGGCGCCAAGUCCUCCUCCUCGAAGGACAAAGCGGCCAAGCCGGCGAUGAAUCAGAACGAAGUCCAGGAAAUCAUAG